CUUGGUGAAUUCACGGAAAUAUCUUUUGGGAACGCAGUAGACCGAAAGUUGGCGUGGUAGAUACAUAAAAGUCAUACUCAGGGAUGGAUGAGGACAGAAACAAGAAACUAGCUGAGAGUGAAAUAUCCGUGUGUCUGAGUUUAAUCGUUAAUAACGUCGGGUUCUUCAAUAACGGACUAUGCCACCGGAAUCGGUUAUGGUUAUGGCUAACCAUUUAGUAAUUAGAACCGUUCGACACUCGUCAAAUAAAAAUAAAAUUGAUAUUCCAAAUAACAACCUGGACUGUUUUUCUCCGUGUAAAAGCUUGGGAAGAGUGGAAAAGUUAAAAGGAGUGAAAGAAGAACAGAAAACAACAACACCACCACCACAAAAAGCACCAGUAUACCAGUACUUGCCCGUUCUGCCGGAGCACGAUUUUGAAGCUCUUCACAAAAGCUUGGAGAUGCUGGCUCAGUCGUACUGGUAUUUCACAGACUUCGGCAGCGUCGACGCCAAAGCACACCUAGCCAGCAUGGCGGUGGGGACAUUCUUGGUUCGAGACAGCUCGGAUCCUAAGUAUUUAUUUUCUCUAAGUGUCAAAACGGAACGCGGUGCAACAAGCGUGCGGAUAAAAUACGUGCGUGGACUUUUUCAAUUCGACUGCGAAGAGACCAUCAAACAUUCGCUGCCAAAGUUUGAAAACGUGGUGGAACUCGUCGACUUUCACGUGACACUAUGCAGGGACGACACCGCCAGUCGCUGUAGGUGGUUGGAGACGUCGGGUAGAAGAGACAUGGCGGUCAAGUUGAAGAAACCGUGUUUUAGUGGCGUGCCUUCUUUAAAACAUAUGUCUCGGGUAGCGACGAAUAAAUCGCUGAAGGACUUGCAUUUUCCGCAGAGGUCGUCGGCACUGUUGCCGAUUCCAGAUACUGUGAAGCAAUAUUUACAACAGUACCCGUAUAAAGUCUGACUUGGUGUGUGGAGGGAGAGAGGGAGGGUAUAUACACCCCGUGUAACCGUUCCUAGAAAAUAAGGAAUCAAAUUCCUAUAAAGCUUUGUGGUUCGCGGAGAGUACGAGAGUGGAUUACAGAUGAUGUGGAGUUAGAGAGAGAAAGAGAGAAGAAAAAAAACCCUGAUUCAUUCGGGAUGGAUGAUUAUUGUUAGCCGAUUCGUUGCAAGUACGUGUACCUGUACGGUUUGAUUCCCGUGAGCCACAUGCAUGUGCAUGUAUGCUGGUUGGCAGGAUGUACGUGGACACGACGUGCGUAUUGAUUCGUAGAUGUACGCAAUCGUAUGAACUGAUUCGUCGGAGUUGAGGAGUCCUACACCACCUGCUUUGACUGAUUCGUAGAUGUACUCUUAUUGUACGGACCAGCAUCACAUGGCUGAUUGGUAAAUUGUACAAGUGCGCGAACACGCACGGACUGCUCGUAGUCUUUCUAAAUGCAGGGAGGAAGCGGAUUGGAUAUUGGCCAGUAAUCAGUGGUUAUAGUAUGAACAGUGGAACAGUAUUACUUGAAAAAAUGUUUAUAUGUAUGUAUUGUAGUGCAGGGGCGGAUCUUGGAAAAAAGAAACUUGACGGGGGAGUAGGGAGACCAACAAUAACCAACCAACUCGUUAAAGGGUCAUUCGAGAGUUUGCUGCAUUGUAAGAUGUUUCCGACUAAUAAAAUAUUUUUACGAUUAAACUUACAUAGUAAAUAUAUUUUCUUGUUUAGAAUAUCACUGUCUGUAUAUUCAAUAUAUUUUAGGAAAUAA